GCUUGACGGUUCGGGAGCAUCCUGACGUCUUCUCGGAGCACAAAGUAAAAACGCAUCUCAUCAAAGAGAUGCUGCUACAAAGCCUGCACGGAUUAUACAAGGACGGUCUUUAAACACAUCUGACGCCUUCAGGGAAGCUUUUAUAUUAAUUGUAUUAUUUUAAAUUUUUGACGGCAAUCUGUUAUUUUGUCCGCGGGAUGCCGAUGGCCACCAGCAGCAUCAGCACCAGCAGCACCGGAGGGCCGUGGAUUCAACCAGCACACCUAGCAGGCUGAGACCUUGCUCCCUUGCCUGACCUUUGACCCCUGCAGAAAAACGACAGACUGAUCACCAUGAUGCAGCAGAGAGCUGACUUAUAAGAAAUCUGAAAUACAAGCAGAAAGAUGACAGAGAGCCGGAGGAGGAGGGAGCUGAAAGACACUAAACGGGAGGAAAAGUAGGACAAAAUAAAAAAGGAUGUGAAUGUUGCACCGACACUGACCUGUUUCUUCAUCAAACCACCUGCAACAAGCUUCAACAAAAACCAAAACACUUUCAUCUUCCUGCAGAAAUGUGAGAGGAAAACAGCAGCGUGAUUGUUUCUUACCGACAAAAUCUGUAAAUGUGGAGUUUAAAAUCAGAGACAGCGAUUAAGAUUGUGUUACAACGACAACCAAAUCAACAAGAUUGUACAACAAACUGUCCGGAGAAUUGUCGGAAUAAAACUGUAAUUUGUGCGGAGACUUAACCCUCACGAUGACGCACCUCCACGCCGGCCUGAGCCCAGAGACCACGGAGAAAGCUCGUUUGGAGCUGAAUGAAAACCCAGACACUCUGCAUCAGGACAUCCAGCAGGUGCGGGACAUGAUCGUGACGCGGCCGGACAUCGGUUUCCUGCGGACGGACGACGACUUCAUCCUACGCUUCCUGCGAGCGAGGAAGUUCAACCAGACGGAAACCUUCCGGCUGCUGGCCCAAUACUUUCAGUUCAGACAGCAGAACCUCGACAUGUUCCAGAGCUUCAAGGUGGACGACCCCGGGAUAAAGCGCGCUCUGAUGGACGGCUUCCCAGGUGUGCUGGAGACUCCGGACCAACACGGCCGCAAAAUACUUAUCCUGUUUGCCUCCAACUGGGACCAGAGCAGGAACUCCUUCACAGAUAUCCUGCGUGCGAUCCUCCUCUCCUUGGAGGUGCUGAUAGAGAAUCCUGAGCUUCAGAUUAAUGGAUUCAUCCUGAUAAUCGACUGGAGCAACUUCUCCUUCAAACAGGCGUCAAAACUGACGCCCAACAUCCUGAAGCUGGCCAUCGAGGGGCUGCAGGACAGUUUUCCGGCCCGUUUUGGAGGGAUCCACUUUGUGAAUCAGCCGUGGUAUAUUCACGCCAUGUACACUAUCAUCAAGCCUUUCCUCAAGGACAAGACCAGGAAAAGGAUCUUCCUCCACGGGAACAACCUGAACUCGCUGCAUGUCCUCCUGCAGCCGGAGUGUCUCCCCUCAGAGUUUGGGGGGACUCUCCCUCCCUACGACAUGGGGAUCUGGGCGAGGACGCUGCUGGGACCCGACUACAGCGACGAGACGGAGUACACACUGACCUACGACGCUCUGCAUGUGAGGGAGAGCUGCGGGGGAGAUAAGGAGCUGAUGAAGAGGUCUCAGUCGGUGGUGGAGCCAGGAACUCUCCGACAAACGGACAGAGAGACCAGCACGCCGCUCCUCGCCCUAGACUGAACACACACACACACACUAGAGCCGUCACACACACUGCCCCGCACACACAUCAUGUACAGACUGCAACAGACACCCACUUUUAGAAACACUGCUGUGUAUCAAGCUGGUGGCGUCCUUUAGCAACAUGAACUCUGACAAUGAAUUUCCUACACACACACACACACACACACACACACACAGUCUGUCUCUGAGCCCAUAAUGCCUCACAGCUGAGCCUCUCUGCAAACAGCAGCAUCUGUCAACAACAACAAACACACACUCUGAAGUCUAUGUCUGUGUGUGUGUCGCCUUCAGCUUCAAGUUUUAAUUUAGUAAUUCUGUCAGAAACAAGGGGGAAUGUAUGAGGAACAUUUCAUCUGUUUCUGAGGCUGAAACUCUAUUUAAACCUCAGAGGAAAUCGCUGACAAAAUAUAAAAUCAUAUCCAUAAAAAUUAAGAAACAUUCAAAGUGGGUUCCACCAAAAGAAAUACAUGUUUUAAUUCAGAAGUUAAGACAAUGCUUGUUGGUGAAACUCAGCCUUAAAUGUUUGGAAGAGCAUUUAUCUUUUGCUUUCCGAUCUUAAAUCUACAGUUCAGGUAACUGACAGGGUGGCUCUAACUUCGUUAUCUACUUGCUGGAGUAUUUCCUCAAAAUAUUAAUCAAAUACUUUGUAUUUUUCUGACAUUUAUGUCCCGAUAAUCUGAAGGAGAAAGACAUUCAUUAAAACCAGGAGGACGAAUAAGAAACCUCACUUUGGUAGAAUAAUUUCACCUUUUUUCUUUCUUGUAAAAACCACAGGCACUUUGCACACGUUUUUCUAAAUGAAAGCACUGCACAUGUUGCCACCAAUUGCUAAUCACUAAUGGGAUCACAUGCAUGAAAACCUCAAAACAAAUAUUGUACCAGAGUGAAAUAUUUCUUUCAGAUAAAGUAUUGUGCUGUGAAGAAACCAUAGGAUGCCAAAUCAUCACCUUUACCCUCGACUGAAGUGUAGGGAAAGAUUGUUUUUAUUGAAUCUAACUUAUUAAUAUUAUGAAGAUUGUACAUUAGUAUAAGUAUUAUCACACUGCAAAAAGACUGACACUCUUGGCCUGUUUUAUCCUGAGAUAUUUUAAGUGUAAUUAUCAUCCUGCGCUGUAAAACGUUUCAUGUACUUCUGAGGAAAGAAAGGUUAAGUAGCAGGUUGAUAAUUUCACCAAAUAUCUUGGAGUAUUUGUAAAUUAUAGAGGCCAGUGUGUCAUGAUUUUUUGCAGUUUGACUCAUCAGGGCUACACUGAUCUCCACUCGACUGUAAUGUAAUGUAUUUCCUUUCAAUGAAUGUAUAGAAGUAAACAUUUACACCAACA